GAGCUGCCGCCGCGGCGCGGGGCGAGCCCAAGAGGCGAGGCAGAGCCAUGCUGCCUUUGUGCAAAGUUGGGCGGCGGGCGGCGCGCCGCGCGCAGGGGCCCGGCACACCCGCGACCGCGCGCAGUCGUGGCUGCUGCUGAGUGGCGGGGACCACCCCCCACCCCAGCUCCCCCAGCCCUUGAAGGCGGAGAGAGCUCGCGUCUCGCUCGGCUUCAGGGUAAGUCCAGCUGUGAGCAGGGGGUUCUGUUCUUCACUUCCAGCAAGCCAGAGUUUUAUAAAUGGACGCUGACAUGGACUACGAAAGACCCAACGUGGAAACCAUCAAGUGCGUGGUUGUGGGAGACAAUGCCGUGGGGAAGACACGCUUGAUCUGUGCCAGAGCAUGUAAUACAACGCUGACACAGUACCAGCUGCUGGCUACCCACGUCCCCACCGUGUGGGCCAUUGACCAGUACCGAGUCUGCCAGGAGGUCUUGGAACGUUCCCGGGAUGUCGUUGAUGAAGUGAGCGUUUCUCUCAGGCUUUGGGACACUUUUGGAGAUCAUCACAAAGACAGGCGUUUUGCAUAUGGCAGGUCCGAUGUUGUGGUCCUCUGUUUUUCGAUUGCUAAUCCCAAUUCCCUAAAUCAUGUGAAAACCAUGUGGUAUCAAGAGAUCAAGCACUUUUGCCCUCGCACACCUGUUGUUCUAGUUGGCUGCCAGCUAGAUCUCCGCUAUGCUGAUCUUGAAGCUGUUAAUAGAGCCAGACGCCCUUUAGCAAGGCCCAUAAAGAGAGGGGAUAUUCUGCCCCCAGAAAAAGGCCGAGAGGUUGCAAAGGAACUGGGUAUACCCUACUAUGAAACAAGUGUGUUUGACCAGUUUGGCAUCAAAGACGUGUUUGACAACGCAAUCCGAGCAGCACUCAUUUCGCGACGGCACUUGCAGUUCUGGAAAUCCCACCUGAAGAAAGUCCAGAAGCCUUUACUUCAGGCACCGUUCCUACCUCCAAAAGCCCCCCCACCGGUCAUCAAAGUUCCAGAAUGUCCCUCCACGGGGACGAACGAAGCUGCCUGUUUACUGGACAAUCCUCUGUGUGCUGAUGUCCUCUUCAUCCUCCAGGACCAGGAGCAGAUCUUUGCACACCGAAUUUACCUCGCUACCUCCUCUUCCAAGUUUUAUGAUCUUUUUUUAAUGGAAUGUGAAGAAACCCCCCACUGGAGUGAAGGAGCUUGUGAGAGAGAGAAGCAAAGCAGGGAUUCCCAGGAGUGGGCACAGAGUCUUGACCCAGAUGAGGAAAGGGAAGAGGGCACCCCAAGGACGCCUCAGGCUGAUCAGUGGACCCCCUCGAGCCAGAACCUGUCCCAGCAGGAGACCCUGGGGCUGGACGCCGAGGACCUGGUGGCAGAGACGCAGGCCCUGUCAGGCUGGAGUAAGGGGUUCAUCGGCAUGCACAAGGAGCUGCAGGUCAACCCCGUCUCGAAGCGGCUGGGCCCCAUGACCGUGGUCAGGAUGGACGCGUCCGUCCAGCCAGGCCCUUUCAGGACCCUGCUCCAGUUUCUCUAUACGGGGCAACUGGAUGAAAAGGAAAAAGAUCUGGUGGGCCUGGCUCAGAUCGCAGAGGUCCUGGAGAUGUUUGAUUUGCGGAUGAUGGUGGAAAACAUCAUGAACAAGGAAGCCUUCAUGAACCAGGAGAUCACGAAAGCGUUUCAUGUCCGGAAAGCCAAUCGGAUAAAAGAGUGUCUCAGCAAGGGGACAUUCUCAGAUGUGACGUUUAAGUUGGACGAUGGAGCCAUCAGUGCCCACAAACCGCUGCUGAUCUGUAGCUGCAAGUGGAUGGCUGCUAUGUUCGGGGGGUCAUUUGUCGAAAGCGCCAACAGUGAGGUAUAUCUCCCAAACAUAAACAAGAUGUCAAUGCAGGCAGUACUGGAUUAUCUCUAUACUAAGCAGUUGUCACCUAACUUGGACCUGGACCCACUGGAACUAAUUGCCUUGGCAAACAGAUUUUGCCUGCCGCACUUGGUUGCACUUGCAGAACAGCACGCCGUUCAGGAGCUGACCAAGGCCGCCAUGAGUGGUGUGGGCAUUGAUGGGGAAGUUCUCUCUUACUUGGAAUUGGCCCAGUUUCACAAUGCCCACCAGUUGGCCGCCUGGUGUUUGCACCACAUCUGUACCAACUACAACAGUGUGUGUUCCAAGUUCCGCAAGGAAAUCAAAUCGAAAUCUGCAGACAACCAGGAAUACUUUGAGAGGCACCGCUGGCCUCCCGUGUGGUACCUGAAGGAAGAAGACCACUACCAGCGUGUGAAAAGGGAAAGAGAGAAGGAAGACAUUGCACUAAAUAAACAUCACUCGAGAAGAAAGUGGUGCUUCUGGAAUUCAUCUCCAGCGGUCGCCUGAGGCGGAAGAGGAAAAAAAUAUCAGAAAUCUGACACACCACUCUUAAAAGCACUACUGUAAAAUGAGUCUUAUUUUUAGAGAUAACAUGUAGUUCAGGUUUCAGGCACUGAUCUUCCUCCACUUUUGUGCAUUUAUCUUUGUUGGGAUCAAAGCACAAGCUCACCAUCAAUGAGCCUGGACACAAAGGGAAGCUGACGCUCACUGCAUUCCUUAAACUUAUAUGUAUAUUUUUUGUUAGAAGGCUUAAUAAACUUUAGUCUGUUAUCUCAUUUCUUUUUAUACAAAGGAAAAAAAAAAAUCCAGCUUUCAUGUUUCGAAUUCCAAAUUGGAAAAUAUUUUUAUACGGUCUCUUGUAAAUGAAAAUACUGUGUAUUACUUUAUUUUACAGGACACACAUUAACCAUGAAGUCGCCCUGCGAUUCUCUUUGCCCACAAGCAUUAUUACUUAAUUAGAGGGAUAUCCUUUUGUCGUGAAGUAAAGGGUUGGAAUGAAUUCCCCAAAGUACAAGUUAGGGAGUGUUUCAUCUUUGUUCUGCCGAAUAACAUUGGUAUAAUUACCAAGUCAACUCCAAGAAUGUGUAUUUACAAUAUUUGCUGUGUGAGUGCUAGUAAUUAUAUGGUUAUAUGUGCCAUGUAAAAUAUAGUGAUAUCAAAUCUUCUGUUGUUUAAAAUGUCUAGAUUUAAGAGGAUAAUCUUUAUAAUCAUUGGAAGGGCUUAUUAAAUCCCAGCAUUAUCCAGGGCAAACUCUCUGGUGGACCUGAACACGAAAGAUGCCAAGAGCGCUGGUGUGUGGAUUGCUGUGUGAAGAUGCCCGUCUCUCAGUGUUCCUGGACUUGCCAUGUUUCUGCAUGCAGUUUUGCCACUGACUUGAAUUGAGAUGGGCAAGGGUAAGGGUCCCCAGACUCUGUCCCCCUCAUCUGCAGACAUUUCCCCACCAGAAACAGGCUUCCUCAGGUCUCUCACCUGCGGCCAACUUCACUUUGUAAGACCCAUGUUUUUAACUCUUCCCAGGGAAAAUUCACGUUGCUGCAGAAGUAGACCAAGGCAGACCACCCACCCCUGCUGAAAUUCAGUGGGAGGGCCUGUGAAGGCACAAAGCCGGAGGCUGGGUCGUCUAAGGUCACUGCAUUCUCCAACGCAGACGGGAAUUUUACUCCAAAAGUCUAGGAAAUGGUGCUACUGUGAGUUAGUUCUGACCCUUUGUCAUUCUGAGUUUUCAGUGGUAAAACAGAGAGUAUUGAGCAGGGGGGCUUUUGAGAGGCCAUCAGUCACUGCUUCUCGUAAAUUAAAGUGUUACAGCACUCAGCGCAUUUUAAGGCCACAGUGCCAUGCCUGUUUUGGGAUGUUGUGUGGUGGAGACUCAGGCUUACUCAAUUCGGAGAUCAAUUUACUGAUACUAAAAGCUCUUUAUUUUUUUUGUUUUUUCUAGCUUUCAGAAGUUAGAAAAGAGACAGCUGAGUCCAAACUCCAGUGUUAACAACCAAAUAUAUUUGAAAAUCUAUCCAGAUGACAGAUAAGCACUUAUUACUGGCAGUGGAUACAUACCAGUUAGCAAAAUUGGGAGAGGCCCAGACAUGUUAUCACUCUCUCAUGACAAAGGACUGGGCAGUAGAGUAGGAAAGGAUGGGAUGAUUGUAAAUGCAUCUACCUUAAUUUUGGGUCAAUAGUUUGUAAGUCAUGAAUGGAAGGAGAAAGGAGACAGAAUGAGAGGAAGAAUCAGCAUAUAUCCCAUCAUAGAAUGGUAGAAGUUGAGUUUUCGAUGAAUAGUCAGAGUUGAAUUUAUACAACCAAAGCUCCCAUGUGAUUGUAAUCUUGCCAAAAUAUAAUGGACAUAUAAAUGAACCUGGGGUAUAAGCAAUAAUAUCCACUAGUGUUAUCAGCUACUGUAACCAAGUGGCUGGUUCAUUUGGUUGACGCUGAUUAUGGCCUUUAACCAUGGUGGUUUGUUUUUUGUUUUGUUUUUUAUUUCACAAAAAGCCAAUAAAAUU